AACUCAGAAGUCAAUUUAUGGAUAUCUUCAAGCAUCACAAAACUGGUUUUUAAAGUUAACUGCAGCUCUGAAACGUUAUGUAUUUGUUAAGUCCCUUGCUGACUAUUUUCAUAUCUGAAAGGCAAACUCUUCAUUGGGUUGUUAGUAUAAGUGCAUUACAUCUUACUAGCAGAAAAUAGUUUAGACGCUUGUUUGGACUUCAAGAGUUAUUUGGAAAAACAUUUUCAUAUCAAGGAUUUGGCGGUGCUCAAGUAUUUCUGAGGAAUAGAGGUAACAAGGUAAAAACAGGGAAACUUUGCGCAAAAGGAAAAUAAAAUGCAUUGAACAUAAUAUCACCUUGUGUACGUAGACCUGCUGAGUCUUCCAUGGAUGAGGGACAAAAAUUGGGGCUAGCAGGACACCAGGAAAUGAAGUAUUACUCAGUUUAUCAACAUCUAGUUGGCAGACUAUUUACAUGAUGAUUACUGACCAGAGAUGUUUUAUUUCGCUGCAUGUGUUGUCCUACUUUGCACAAGCACAUAAAAAAGAACACCUAAAGAUUGCAAUGGUGGUAGUGCCUUACCUCAAUGUCAAUCCUUGAGAAGAGAUAUUACCGACCAACAAUGAUUUGAUAUAGUACACCUAUUACGGGCACAUUGAGAUCCGUGAUGGAUACUUUGUCAAUAUUGGGAAUCACCCAUGUAUUGGAAGACGAAAACUUAGGGCAAUAUAUCCUAUUUUUUAAGAAAAGCAUAGUAUCGGGAUGGAAGCAGCCAGUAAUGAGCUAAUUUGCCUGAAGUCAAUUCAUCCUUGGGGAUAGGUCUCAAAUGACCUAUUAUGAGGUUGUAUUGUGAUAUCAGUAUGCUAUAAUCAUAGUAGAAAAUCAUGUUUUCCAUAUUGAGAUAAAUUGUUACUGUGCAAGGGAGCAACUACAGGUUGAAAAUAUUGUGGUGAUGACUUAUGCCAUCAGUUCAUAGUUCCAACAGAUAGACAUAUUCAACCAGGCUCUCACUUGACAAUAAUUUCAAUUUCCACCGGUCAUGCACCAACUUCAGAGGGUGGAGGAUUACUGAAAGUAGAUAGCUGCUGUAAUUGGUUAUAGAUGAUUAUUGACAGAUAUUGGAUUUGGAAAGACACUCUUGAGGAUAUUACGUACCUGUUGAGGAUUCCCCAAAGAAAACCAUAUGGAACAAUGGAGGGGAAUGUGAAGAAAGCUUUGAAAUUAGCAGUUGAUGAAAAGGAUUCUAUAUUGGCCAGUAUACCGGCAGAACUGAAGGAAAAAGGCUCUUUGGUACAUGCAUCCCUAAUAGAGGGAAAGGGGGGCUUGCAAACUCUUCUUCAAUCUAUAAAGGAACAGGAUGCAGAUAAAGUAUCUGUGAACCUUGCAUCUACACUGGACACUGUAGCAGAGCUAGAGUUGUUACAGGCGCCAGGAUUAUCUUUUUUGUUGCCCGAGCAAUAUGCAAAACAAUAUCCACGGCUUUCUGGGAGAGGAACUGUCGAGUUCACCAUUGAGAAAGGAGAUGGUUCAACAUUUUCCCCAGUUGGUGGAGAGCAGAAAAAUACAGCCACUAUUCAGGUUGUUAUUGACGGAUACUCUGCUCCAUUAACUGCAGGAAAUUUUGCAAAACUGGUGAUGGAUGGAGCUUAUAAUGGCGCAAAACUCAACUCUAUCAACCAAGCUAUUCUCUCAGAUAAUGGUGGUGAGAAGAACAGUGGUUACAGUGUUCCCUUGGAAAUAAUGCCCUCUGGACAAUUUGAGCCCCUUUACAAAACAACAUUAAGUGUGCAGGAUGGAGAACUGCCAGUUCUUCCUCUAUCUGUUUAUGGGGCAGUUGCUAUGGCUCAUAACGAAGCCUCAGAGGAAUAUUCAUCACCUUAUCAGUUCUUCUUCUAUCUCUACGAUAAACGAAGUGCUGGUUUGGGAGGGAUAUCAUUUGAUGAAGGACAAUUUUCAGUUUUUGGAUACACAACCACCGGGAGAGAUAUUCUUCCCCAGAUAAAAACUGGUGAUAUUAUUCGUUCUGCAAAGCUAAUUGAAGGCCAAGAUCGUCUUGUAUUACCGAAUGAAAGUUGAGUAUAUUUGGUGGCGGUGUUACCCAAGUAGGAAAAAUAUUCAUUCUUUUUAAUAUAUAUGUAUAUGUGGAUGGCAUAUGGCAUCAACCUGAUUUUCUUGGAGUAGGUUGGGUUCUAAAUUAUGUAGAAAAUGAGUUGAAAUUUCUAUUUAAUAAAAAUUCCAUGGAACAGUCAAUUAAAUUCUCCAGAAAA